GCCCGGGGGCCGCUUUCUCCACCCCAACCCUCCUUUAAAAAAAAAAAAUAGGAGGGGAGGGGUGGAAGGAUCAGCUCUGCGCCGGCCCUCGGCGUUCAAAAGGAGCUGGCCAGGGAGAGAGAGGGGGGAAGCUUUUCCCCCCCAUUGAGAGCGAUGCAGUGAGCAAAGUUGGAAGUGCGAAGCGAAACUAGGGAUCUCCCGCUCCCGCUUGACGGCUGGGAUCCGGUCCAAGAGCGCACCAAAGAGACCUUUGUGUGGAGAGAAAAAGAGAGAGAGAGAGAGAAAUAAGCCCAGGUGAUGCAGCGUGUUGGCUACUAAGGAACUGAAGAUGAGAAGGUGCUUCGAAGGUGUCGGGCUGCAAUGCUUUCUUAAGGCCACGCCUCCAUCUCUUCAUUGGCUGGCAUUCCUCAUUUCUGAUUGGCGGGCAGGAUCUAUAUAAAGUAGUGCGAUGGCAGGACAAAGCGCACAGGACAGGACUAUGGCCGUAACGCAGGGCCAGAAAUACCUCCUCAUCUUCGACUUUGACGAGACCAUCGUGAACGAAAACAGCGACGAAUCCAUCCUCCAGGCCGCUCCGGGGAAGCAGCUCCCAGAGUCGAUCCGCAGCACUUACCGCGAGGGUUUCUACAACGAGUACAUGCAGCGGGUCCUGCAGUACAUGUGCGACCAAGGGGUGAAGAUGGCCGAUUUCAAAGCGGCCUACGAAAGGAUCCCGCUGUCCCCCGGCAUGGCCGACCUCUUCCAGCUCCUCUCCAAGCAGCAGGACCACUUUGAGAUCAUCCUCAUCUCCGACGCCAACAUGUUCGGCAUCGAGUGCGCCUUGAAGGCGGCCGGGGCCUAUCCCCUCUUCCGUAAGAUCUUCAGCAACCCCUCGAGCUUUGACAAGAGAGGCUACUUCACCUUGGGCCCUUACCACUCGCACAACUGCAAGCGUUGCCCGGCCAACAUGUGUAAGCACAAGAUCCUUACGGAAUACCUGGCAGAGAGGGCACAGGAAGGGGCCAGGUUCGACCGCGUCUUCUACGUAGGGGACGGAGCCAAUGACUUCUGCCCUUCCACCGCGCUGAAGUCGAAUGAUGUCGCCUUCCCCAGGAAAGGCUACCCCAUGCACCAGCUCAUCCAGGAGAUUGGGAAAAGCCAGCCUGGGACUUACCAGGCCACUGUCGUCCCCUGGGACUCUGCCGUAGAGAUUUCUUGUCACCUUCAAGAAGUUCUCAAGAAGAAAUGUUGAGGGCGGGGGAGACCUUUGGUGGGAGGAAGCAGCUGCUCUCGUUUGGGAAGAUCUGAACGAUUAUAGCAUCCCAGCUCUCUCACGCUUGGCUUAAGGCUAUCUCUCUCUCUCUCUCUUUCUGGGCUUUCUCCACCUCAAAAUCUCUUGUCUCUGGGUCUCCCUUUCCUUCAGCCUAGAGAUAAGGGCUCACUAUGCAGUUAGGAAAUCCAUUCAAGGAAGGGUGGGUGGAUGACAGUCCGCUUUAAAUAUUUUUGGUCGCCUUUUUGAAAAGCAAAAGCAAAAUUCUUUUGCAUUUGCUAAACCCACGCAUCUCGUUUCGCUCAGGCUGGUUCUCAGUAGCGCUCUUAGCGCAUGGGGAAAUUCUGUCGCUACCAAAGCAUUUUGACUGCUCACAGGUGUUAAUAUAGCUCUUCUCCCCCUCCCUUAACAAACACCCUUUU